AGACACAACACACCCCCAAUUUGUUGUUACUGAAAUGACAAGUUUUAAACAUAUAUUAUAAAAUAUAUGGUUUCAAAUAAUAAAUAUGGCAACAACAGACGAAAGAACAGUUUUUGCUAAAUUAGAAGCUAUUAAAGAGAUCAGGGCGAAAACUAUUCAGUUGGAAAAACUCAAGACUAGAAUUCUUCUUGAGGUGGAAGCUUUAGAUCAAGAAGAAAAAUGCCUAUCAGAAUACAAACAAGAGAUGGAUUUGCUGCUCCAAGAAAAAAUGUCGCAUGUCGAAGAAUUACGACAGAUUCAUGCAGACAUAAAUGCGAUGGAAGGUGUUAUAAAACAUGCAGAAGAAAGUCGUGGUCGAUCUUUAGCCACCGCUGCCAGAGUUCAUGAAGAGUAUCUUCCAUUAAAAUCGGAAGUGGAUCGGUUAAGACGAGAUUGUUUAGGUUUGGAUAGAUUACCCGAACUUCACGAAGAGGAGGGAACGUUAGUUACACCCGAGUAUGUGUUAUUUGCCAUAUAUUUAGAGAAAUGUAACGUUACACCUUUCAGGCGAUUUGCACAAUUUUUCUCGCCAACCAAAUCGAAUUCUCAAAAUUUUGCAAAAAGUAAUGAAUGGACACGUCCUUUAGCUCCAACAGACAACCAUAUGAGCGCUUUAGCUCCUCCAUUACCACCCACAUUUUUACCACCACCCAAUCCCUUAAGACUGGUAGCGAAUAAACCUGAGGCAGGGCGUCCAAGUAGCUUAGCCCAACCUCCACAUCCAGGACCACCUACGCCUACCUUCAGGUCGGAUUUUGUUAGCUUGAGGCAACAACCGCCACCAAUGAAAUCAUGUUUGAGUUGCCAUCAACAAAUACAUCGAAAUGCGCCAAUUUGUCCACUGUGUAAGGCAAAAUCAAGGUCAAGAAAUCCCAAAAAGCCAAAGAAGAAAGAACAUUAAAAGUUUGGUUUGACCAAUAUUAAUGUACUCGAUACUGACUAAAAACUGUUCGUUCAAUUCCUAAAUAGACCAAUCAUAAACACUUGCCUGGUGCAUUUUGCUUUUGCUGGGACAAAUGCAACAGUGCACUCGAGUUCAUUUUAGAAUUGGAAGAAUACAAUUAGAGCGUGAAAUUUUAUUCAAUAAUUUAAGUAAUGCAGAAUAUAUACAGUGCAUUUAUCUCACAUUGGAACAUAUACGAUUACAUGCAAUGGUGUUUUCCUAUGUUCCAUUUAAAACAUUGGAUAAUGUGCGAGUCACAACUCGACCAGCUUUUAAUUAUUUUCAGGUUAUGUAGGACACUGGACCUCAGAGUAAAGCUCAUCACACAAUGAAAAAAAUAAAAAAUAUGAAAUAUGGAAUAAGAAAUAGUGACGCCAUACACGCAAAACACAACAAACAAACAGCAACAGACUAUAAGCCAAUCAGAACACUCAUGCCGUUUGAAUUUAUGUCAUUAUAAAUAAAAUGGCAGCUAAUUGUAAGGCAAUAGCAGGCUAAUUGCACCACUAUCAAAUAUAAUUCUAAGUUCAUAACAUCACAAAUCAACACCUCAUACGUACUUGUUUUAUUUUAGAUUAACAAAGAGAAAAUAAUAAAUAGAGAAUACGCGUGCGCGCCUCUUCUAAUGUCAUUGGUUCGCAAUAUGAAUAAGGAAUAAAAAUUCGACUGAACGAAAUUAUUAUUUCUUAUUUGCUAGGCUUAUUUCAUAUUUCAAUGUUGUGUGCAAAUCCAUAAAGAUCAGUAGAUUGAAAAUUGUUAUUUCUUAUUCCUUAUUUGUUAUUUCAUUGUGUGAUGGGCUUAAGAAAUAAAGAGAGAUGCCUUGAUGCUUAUCAUAACGUGCCAUCAUCUCGUCAUGUUUGUACACAUUGCAAGAAGCGAACUUGUCACAUUUUGCGAGACGAUGUUUAAAGGAAUAUUAAUAAUACAUAUUAUAUUUGAAACAAUCUAAAUGGAUUUUUAAAUAUUUAUAAGGGUUGUGAAAAACAAACAAUUAUAAAUUUCAAUUAAACAGUUUAAUAAGAAAAUUUAUGAUAAUUAGUAGGCACUUUCUUUCGGUGAUCCA